GCUGUCCUUGUCAUUCUCUUUCCAGGGUCUCCUUUGGCAACAGGUUCUCUAGGCACUGAUUAAACAAGGAGAAGGAAAGGCAAGGAAAUGCAGCCAGAGGAGAACUGUGUGUGUGAGUUUUGUUAAAAGUAGUCACUUUUUUAUGCCUGUGGAUGGGGCAGAGCGCACGUGCACACCCACACACUCUUAGGGGGAUAGGCAGUGAGUCCUCCCUUUGUGAUGGCAGCAAAUGCUGUUGCUUUAAGCAGUUAAAGACAGUAAGAAGCUCUUGCUUCAUAUUCCCAGUUUCCUCCUCUGGAGCUGCUAAUGAAUAACCGAUCUUAACACCCAAUUUCAGUCCCCUCCUGGCACCUUCUGAGGCCAGGCUGCUAUGAUCAGGCUGAGGUCUAGGGCAGUGGGGACAUUCCUUAACAGUUACUUAGCUGGGUGGUGAAAAAAAAUGCAGCCUAAUUGGCCAGUGGCCUUUCCUAGUGAAUGAAGGAGGUUUCUGUUUUAAGAAAUAAAGUGACUUCUCAGCGGCUGUUGAUUCACUGCCCACAGGGAGAUUUUUGAGCCAAGGCUUCCUAGCCUCGGUAGAAAUUUGCAUACAACUUCCACUUCCUGCUUCAGAGCCUGUUCCACGCCUUACCUGGGCCUGGAGAGGGUGGAGGGAGGCCGGAGCAACCCAAGGUGGAGUGACAGAGAAGGAGAGAGUAUAACCACCCCGUGUCCUGGUCUGUCUGUCCGUGGUGGCUCUAAGAAACUAGAAUGAACCGAAGCAUUCCUGUGGAGGUUGAUGAAUCAGAACCGUACCCAAGUCAGUUGCUGAAACCAGUCUCAGAGUAUUCCCUGGAGGGGCAGUCAGAACCACCUGCUCCAGAUAUAAGGAACAUGGCCCCCAACAGCUCGUCUGCACCCCAAACCUCUCACUAUUCCUCAGGAGACUUUUCUCAGGCUCACCUGCCCCUGAAACUUUCAAAUCACCAGUGGCCUGUGUCCCAGCAGGUCACCUGCCUGCGCACUAAAGUCCUGGAGGAGAGUGAAGACAGCUUCUGGAGGAGACACCCAGACCCGGGCAAAGAUUUUCCUUCAGGGUCCUCUGCAGCCAGUGAGCCUAAGCCUGAGUCUGUGGAUGGAGCCCUCCCGCCGGAGCAUCAGUUUUCACUUAUGGAAAAACAUAAUCAAUGGCUGGGGUCUCAGCUUUCGGCAGCUUCUCCUGACACUGGUCAUGACUCAGACAAAUCAGACCAAAGUUUACCUAAUGCCUCCACAAACCCCCCGGGCGGUAGCCAAGAGACGGUGCAACAGCCCCAGCACCACAGAAACCGAGCAGCCCCAGAUCUGCCUACGAUAGACACGGGGUACGAUUCCCAGCCCCAGGAUGUCCUGGGCAUCCGGCAGCUGGAGAGACCCCUGCCCCUCACCUCCGUGUGUUACCCCCAGGACCUCCCCAGACCUCUCAGGUCCAGGGAGUUCCAUCCGUUUGAACGUCAGAGAUACCCAGCGUGUGCACAGAUGCUGCCUCCCAACCCUUCCCCGCAUGCUCAGUGGAACUAUCACUACUAUUGUCCUGGAGGUCCCGAUCACCAGGUGCCAUAUGGCCACAACUACCCUCGAGCAGCCUACCAGCAGGUAAUCCAGCCAGCUGUACCUGGGCAGGCUCCACCUGGAGCCAGCAUGAGAGGCCUGCACCCUGUGCAGAAGGUCAUCCUNAAUUAUCCCAGCCCCUGGGACCAAGAGGAGAGGCCUACACAAAGAGACUACUCCUCCCCAGGCCUCCCGAGGUAUCAAGAUCAGCUGUAUAACCACCCACCUAAUAGAGCUGGUGCUCCUGAGGAAUCCACAGAGUGUCCUGCAGAGUUGAGACCACAGGGUCCCCAGGCUCCAUCCCCAGUUGCUGUCCCUAGACCCCCUAGUAACCCUCCAGCCAGAGGAACUCUGAAAACAAGUAAUUUGCCAGAAGAAUUGCGAAAGGUCUUUAUCACUUAUUCUAUGGACACAGCCAUGGAGGUGGUGAAAUUCGUGAACUUUUUAUUGGUAAAUGGCUUCCAAACUGCAAUUGACAUAUUUGAGGAUAGAAUCCGAGGCAUUGAUAUCAUUAAGUGGAUGGAACGCUACCUUAGGGAUAAGACAGUGAUGAUAAUCGUAGCAAUCAGCCCCAAAUACAAACAGGAUGUGGAAGGCGCUGAGUCGCAGCUGGACGAGGAUGAGCACGGCUUACAUACUAAGUACAUUCAUCGAAUGAUGCAGAUUGAGUUCAUCAAUGGUAUGUGGUUGGGAGUGGCAGAUGUUGGGAAUAAUUGUUUAGAAUUACUGGAGCAUGAUGACAGAAAAAAGCAGGCCAACUUUCAGUUGCUUUUAUUCAUGUUUUUAAAACUUCUUCAAACAAUGCCCUUGUCAUCUGCACUCAGGGCAGACUGCUCCCACUGCCUGCCCCCUUGGUAUGCCAGUGCCAAGAAAGAGCACGUGCCCACCUGGCUUCAGAACACUCAUGUCUACAGCUGGCCCAAGAAUAAGAAAAAUAUCCUGCUACGGCUGCUCAGGGAGGAGGAGUAUGUGGCUCCUCCCCGGGGGCCUCUGCCCACCCUUCAAGUGGUCCCCCUGUGACUCCCUCCAUCCCCAGGUCCUCGGGGCCAGGCCACAUGUGGGCCCUAUUCUGUCCAGCACUCUUCCGGUUGAGGCUGGCUGCCAGCAUUCAGGGCUGUUGUUUUCAGUCCCUCUCUGAGGGGCCCUCGAACCCCAGAAAACCUGUUCUGCAGGGGAACUCUUCCUCCUGAGACCUCAAGAGACCUUGUCUUUGAAACAGAGGCCACGGCUACUUUGCAUUCCCUGCUUUUUAAACCCAUCGCAUGUUCCUCCUGACGGUCUGCCACGUCCAGAACGGGUUCUCAGCAGUUAGCAAGUAGAUAGUACAAGUGACGUUGCAAUAAAUGUAAAUGGCCACCAACACUCUCCCAUCACUUAGGGCUUCUUUUCAGGGUUAGCCAGAUGUUGUGUGUCCUCGGGCCAAACUGAUCCAUGUACAAAUAAUAAAAUGUUUACUCUUUUGUAAAAUUGUGGUUCACUUAUCUCAAAGGAGAUGGAUAUAUAUUAAUUUAUAUGGGCAGCUGCUUCCAGAGACAUCAAUAGAGCUGCUUAAAUAUAAUACUAGACAAAUGUAACAGACCACUUUGUAUUAAAGGAGUAAGACCAGAUAAUUAAACAGUGCCUUUUAACAUGCUCUUGGAAGUUUUAUUCCCACAGAACUUUUUAACAAAACAACUCUGUACCACACACAACCGUGAUUCUAAAUAAAAUCCUAGUUCUUAGGAUCUGAA